AUGACGGACUCUGAAAAUGAAUCGACUGCUUUCAGCAAGUCACUGCCUAGAGCAUGCGAUACUUGUCGAAUACGCAAGAUACGUUGUGACAAGACCACACCUUGCUCCAACUGUAAGACUGCGGGAGUGGCAUGCAAGAUCACUAGUCGGAGCAAUGAUAUAACCAAACCCAGAUCUAGAGUGCUCAUCUCUAAUCAAUAUGAACAAAAGAUCGACCGCAUGGAGCAGCGUCUCGAAAGCAUAGAAAAGCUGUUACAGAUACUGGCAUCAACAGCAAAAGCUCCUCGAGAUACGCAGUCUGGACCAUCGUCUGUUACGUUCACACCUGCGCCUAGCGCUUCUGUACCAAUACCUACUCCUCAGGUCGAACAAUUCGAGGGAGAGACUUCCUUAGUAGCACACUCGAGACAAGCCCACGAAGCACUGCAACAUAUGCUGGAGGCGGCGCCAACUACUAUCCGCAACGAUCCCAACACAGUCAAUGCCCUCGCGUCUCUGCGAAACUUGUUGGAGAAGCACCGCUCUGAACCUCCUAGCAAUCUGUUGUCACGAGUCGGGUCAACAGGGGAUCUCCAACACUCAGAACUACCUUCACGCGACGAAAUCAUGAAACUUUUCGCUUAUGUGGAAGCUGACGAAUUGCACGACAUGUUUACCUGGUGGCUCUUUGACGAGAUCCAGGACUUUUACGAUAUGUACGACGAAUUUUGUCACUCGCCAUCAACGUGCUCUACUGCGAUUUCCGUUUUAGUGUAUUGCGCACUAUCUUGGCUCUUGGAAGGUAAUCCAGUGAUGCAACGGGCAGGGAUAGACAUGUCCCAGUAUGCUGCCUAUGUUCCGAUCUGCCACAGACAUCUCGCGACUUAUAUCUCGUCUUAUAACUUGUUCCUGGAGCCUACGGAUACGAAUAUAGCAGCUCUCUCGGCUGCUGCCGCCUACGCUAUCUAUACAGCCGAUAUCAAUGCCGCUUGGACCCUGACGAGUACUGCAGCGCGUUUGUGUCAAUCCUUGGGAUACCAUCGCUUGAGUAAUGACAGAAGCGGAGAUACUAAACUCUAUGAGAAGCGGGCUAUGUUAUUCUGGUCAGUCUACUUCAUUGACAAGUCGUUGUCGCUUCGACUUGGUCGAGCGUCCUCGCUCCAGGACUUUGACAUAUCCUUUUCCGCAAAAGAGGUCUUUGACAUUUGGAACAAUAAAGAUCCCCUGGACCUCAAGACUGCCAAGCUGGCUGAGUGGUUAAGACUCUCGCUUGAGAUGGCAAAGAUUCAGGGUGCGAUCUACGACAAGCUCUAUGCACCUGGAAGCAUUAAAGCUUUGUCAGAACGCCAGAUCCAAGGUCAAGAAUUCAUAAUAAAGAUACACGAGAUCUUGUCGAUGAACCAGAAGUGUUUUUCGGAACCAGGGUGGCUCCAGGAAUACACGUCAUUCUACAAAGAGAGCACCGAUGUCAUUCUCUACAGUUUGUUCACGCUCGUCUAUCGGGCCAUGCCCGAAGUGUCGAAUGCGCAACAACUUUCGUUACAAGCUGCAAGGUCGACUAUGCAGGUUCACUACAGUUGCAGCAAAAAGGCGGAGUUCAUGGGAUCAGAGUUCAAGCUUGAAUACUUGACCUGGUCUAUCAUGUUGUGUCCGUUCACAUCAUUCAUCGUACUCUUCCGCAACGUUGUCACAGACCUCAAUAUCGACGACCUGAAGCUCCUCGAAUAUUUUGUGGUUUCGAUUGAAUGGCUCAAUGAUGGACACCAACGAGAGCCUCUCCAACGCUUUCAGCAGUUGUGCCAUGCCUUUUACAGCCUUGCUAAACACUUUGUGGCUGCUCGACUGCGUGCUGAUCACGAGCAUCGAACUUCCAUUAGUACAGACCAAGCACUUACCUUGAACAUCAUGCAACAGACGACGGAUUUCGACCAGUCGUCGAGCAAUGUGGUGUUUCCUGAAGACUUCCAGACUUGGAUGGAUACGAACAUGGAUUUCAUGAACGAUAACUGGUUGGCUUUCGGAACACUCUGA